CAUGUGCCAAAGUAUUUAUAGUUUUUUUCAAAUGGAUGGAUGGUGUUUGACUGUUUGUGAUGCCGUAUUGCAACGUGGAAGUGACUAGUUUUAGUUGAACUGUUACUUGAGGCUGUCUGCCAACCUUGGUGUAAAUCUGGAACAACUAAUUACUUUCAACCCACAGCUAGCACUCGAAAUUAUCACCUUUUUGUAAAUUAGUUUAUGUUCUGAAACAACUAAGAGAGUUGCUCACACACACACAGUCACAGUGUGAAGAGCAGCAAAGAAGAUACGUAGUGCCACAGUGACAGAUACUCUUACUUCUUGCAAUGACACAUUCGUGUUAUUCCUCUACCGGAUAAUGACGUGCUGAUUUUACCCGUUUGAAUGGCGACGAGUUGGGAAGCAUUGCGUCGUGAAGCUAGACGGCUGGAAAAUGAGAUAGAUAAUAAACUGACGGCGUUCAGCAGGCUAGGUACCGGGCACCAUGACGAUAGACGGGGAAGCCCCACAUUGGGCGGGUCCUGCGAUGCAGUGGGCAUGGAGAUCAGCCAGCUGUUGCAGAAGCUGUCCACAGUCAACGAGGCACUAAAUGAAGCAUUGGGACCGGACGCUUCAUCUGCACUGCUCCACACACGGCAGCGGCACCAUGACAUCCUGCAAGACUACCGGCAAGAGUUCAACAAAACCAAGGCUCAUGUUCACGCUCUUCAGGAACGCGAAGACUUGAUCGGGUCUGUUAGGCAAGAUAUCAACGCACACAAGACCGCAUCUGGGUCAAUGAACCGCCGCACUGAAACGUACAUGAAGGAACAUAACCACUUACAAGGCUCUGAGAAAGCAGCGGAUGAAGCACUAGGGGUUGCCAUGGGUGCAAGAGAAAGCCUAUCGAGUCAGCGCCGCCUCCUAUCAUCCAUCAACAGUCAGGUCACUGGGCUAAGCUCUCGCUUUCCGGCUCUUAAUUCCUUGAUGCAACGGAUAAACUUUCGGAAGCGCCGUGACUCAAUUAUCCUCGGCUCUGUGAUUGCCGGCUGCAUUAUCCUGUUGAUUUUGUACUCAUGGUCGUAGCUGCAACUGCUCCUAACGUGCACAGUUUGCUUUUUAAAUAGUCAAUGCUUUUUUAAGUCUUGUGAUGUAGUAUUCUUUGCAAAUUGCCAGCUGGAGCUGGAGGUUCCCUGUAGGCAAUGUGAUGUGUGUGUGUGUGUGUGUGUGUGUGUGUGUGUGUGUGUGUGUGUGUGUGUGUGUGUGUGUGUGUGUGUGUGUGUGUGUGUGUGCACGUGCAUGUGUGGUGCUGCCCUACAGUAGUCACAUUGAGUAUUUUCUCAUACUGGAACUUGGUCUGGACUCAUUGCUAUCACUUCUGUCGAUGUAGCUCUACACUAGUGUUCUCUUUCUCUAGCAUGUACAAACUUGGGUACUCUGUCAACCCAUAGCUUCCCUGCCGUUGAUAUUUGCACAUAGUACGUUAUAUGCUUAGCUACCAAGUAUAUUGUUGACACUUUUUGUACAAGUAGCCCGCCUAUUUUACCUGCGUCUGGUUAUUCGCCAGCGAAAAUCGCUUCAAUAAAGCAUUUGACUUAGGUUUAUCCCGCUCAUUUUCCCUGUGUUUUUUGUUGUUGUAUAUGAAACCGGAUCCGUUUGAAUGCUUCAACACCCCCUCACUAUACUAUACAGCACAUUACAGGCGUUUACUGGUAAACUCAUUUCAGCCAUUCGUGACUGUCUUAA